UUAUUUUCUGAAUUCUGAACCAUAUUUCAAUCGGUAAAAUGAAGGGUGAGAGAGUUCUUGAAGGGUUCAACAUUCAAAGAGAAGCAGGUGGGUCAAAGAGAGCCCUGGUGAAGACACUGGAGGCAAAUGUCACAAACACAAUCAUGGAGAUUCCUUUCUUAUGGGCUGGAAGAGGCACUUGCUCCAUUCCAUUUCAAAGCACAUAUGGACCAUUAGUAUCAGCCGUCCAUGCAUAUCAAGUGUCGGAUGAAACUAGCUCUUCCUCCGAGAGCAACAAGAAGCGGAUAGGAAAAGUAGUCGGAAUAGUGGUUGGAUGUGCAGGAGGGGUGGUGAUAAUCUCAUCCAUCUUCUACUUAUGGUGGAAAAAGGAGGCAUCCGGGCAUACCCGAGUUCAAACAGAAUCACCCAGGAAAUGAUUUGACGAGUCGUCUAAGGAGAUAGACUCCAUCCAAGUGGCCAAUAAAGUUGCAACAAUGUCUCCUACUAAAGACUCCAAAGCCGAUGCAUAUAUAUGUUAUUUAAUGUAGUAUUAUGAAAUGUUGGUGAGCCUUUCCUUUUGGGCAAAAGGGUUGACAGGGAAG